GAUUCACCCUCGAAUCCGAUCGGGCCUCGUCUUCCCCCAAGUUGUCGCCAGCAAAAGGCACCAAAUGCUUGACGUUAAAAACGUCAUGUGUGUGAAUAUGAGAAGAAAACCGCAGGCGAUAGGCAUUCGGGUUGAUUUUCUCAACCACCUCCACAGGACCGAUCUUCCGAGCAGAGAGCUUAUUAUACUCAGAAGCCGAGAAACGAUCCUUCGUAAGUACCGCCCAGACAAAAUCACCGACUUCGAACUCCACAUAACGACGACGAACAUCGGCCCGCCGCUUGUACGCGGUGGUGGUAGCCUCCAAACGAGCACGCGCCUGGUCAUGUGUUGCCCGCAGGCCCUCUAUCAGCUUGGCCGCACGGCGAUCCUCCGAGCCCGGCGCUGGAAGAAGUACCAGAUCCGAGGGCCCGCGGGGAACCGCCGCGUAUACCACCUGAAAAGGCGCGAAUCCCGUGGCCCGGCUGACCGCCGAGUUGUGAGCAAACUCCGCUUGAGGCAGGCGCUGGUCCCAAGUCCGAAUAUUAUCCCCCAUGAGGCAGCGAAGGAGAUUACCCAAAGAACGAUUGACCACCUCAUCGAUGAUAAAAGUGCACACGCAAUCUCCCACCGUGCAUGUGGACUCAAAAAUACGAUGGCGUUCCAAAGGCUCCGAGACCGUAUCCCGAGGUUCCAAACAAGCACGCCGCAGGACAAGAGCUCGUCCCACAUCACCCGUAUAAUGCUCCUCCACAAUCUCCGGCUCCUCGUCAUAAACCGGCGGCCCAUCGUACAACCCGCCCGACUCACCAUAAUCCUCUUCGGCAAACAUGGCCCGCGAAGUGGACCCGCGCAGACACACACUCCGAAUAUGGCCCUGUUCGCCACACCCGAAACACUGCGGCCCCGUCCCGACGCGAGGACCACCCGACGCCGCUCCU